CACGACGAAAGUGACAACCUCGCAUUCUGAGCUGGACUUUACUCCUUUCCUGCCUCCAUAUAAACUCACGUAUGAAUGCUGAAGCGGGACGCGCAGUAUUCAGCAGCUUUUCCGACUGUGCAGCUCAAUCACAGAGCAUCAGACAUGAAGCUCCUCCUCGUCUUCGUUUUGGCUGUUUUUGCUGGUUACGAUGCCAAAGUCAUGAAACAGAGCGAGCCCAAGCCGCAGAUUGACAUGGUCAAAGAUGCCUUUUGGGACUAUGUCACCAAAGCGACAUCCACGGCUGGAGAGUCGCUGGCGCUGAUCCGACAGUCGGAUCUCGGAAAAGAAAUCAACACCCUGAUUUCCGGAAGCACCGCCGCCAUCAACAAAUUCACAGAUGUUCUCCGCACUCAUGUGACCCAGGACUUCACUUCGCGCUUCUUCGAACAGGCCGAGCACCUGAAGACCCGCCUGGAGAAGGAUCUGUCGGCCACGAGGGCCCACCUGCAGCCGUACGCCGAGGAGGUGGUGACGCACUUCCACGAGCAGGUGGACGAGCUGAAGAAAGAGGUUUCAUCUUAUGUGGACAACGUGGACUCGGAAGCUCUCAAGGCCGUCCUGUUGAGGAAAAGCCAGGAGCUGAAGAGCCACCUGGACAGGAGUGCCGACAAGUUACAUUCCCAGAUGAUUCCUUACGCCGAGGAACUGAGGCAGAAGAUGGAGAAUACCCUGGAGGACUUCCAGAAGAACAUGAUGCCCCUGGCCCAGAGAUUUCACAGCCAGCUGACCCAGAAGACCCAGGAGAUCCAGGAGAAGUUGGUUCCGUACGGGGACGAGCUGAGAGCCAAGCUGGACAUCGACACCCAAAACUUGAAGGAGCAGCUGGCUGCUCUCUGGGAGUCCUUCGCCAAGCUGACACAGUAAAAAUUGACAAGAGCUGGACUCAUGAAGCGUGCAAUAUUCUACCUCAUUUCGAUCUGCAUUUAAGUCUGUUUUCUGUUCACGUUUGACUGUUACCCACUGCAAAAGACAAUUAAAACAAAUAAUAACAAUG